AUCUCUAUCUCAUCGUCAUCAUUAGAAAGGCCGAAGCCGUCUCCGUUCCUCCUCGACGCGUCUCUUCCACAGCCGCAACCUCUAUCCCUCGUCUGGUAUCGUCUCCCACACCCCUCUGCCCCAACUCAGAAAAACCCUCGAAAAGCGGCGGCGGCGCGACAUGGCGGAGGUCGAGGCUCCAGCUGCUGCGGUUGCGGCGGCGACCCCUGAGGUGGCGACGGUGACCGAGGGCGGAGCCGCUACGGAGGCGAAGGGUCCGCACAAGCUGCACCGCCAGUGGACCUUCUGGUACGACAUCCAGUCCAAGCCCAAACCCGGCGCUGCGUGGGGCACCUCCCUCAAAAAGGCGUACACCUUCGACACCGUCGAGGAGUUUUGGGGCUUGUAUGAUCAUGUUUUCCGUCCAAGCAAGUUGCCUGGGACUGCUGAUUUUCACCUAUUCAAGGCUGGAGUAGAGCCAAAAUGGGAAGACCCAGAGUGUGCAAAUGGUGGCAAAUGGACUGUCCCAUGCAACAGAAAGCCAACCUUUGAGACCAUGUGGCUUGAAACGUUGAUGGCUCUUGUUGGGGAGCAGUUUGAUGAAACAGAUGACAUUUGUGGAAUUGUUGCUAGUGUCCGUCCAAGAGGAGAUAAGCUUGCAUUGUGGACUAGGACUGCCAGCAAUGAAGCUGUCCAGGUAAACAUUGGCAAGAAAUGGAAGGAUGUCAUCGACUACAAUGACAAGAUCAUCUACACUUUCCAUGACGACUCGAGAAGGGAUAAGCCAAGCAGAGGUGGACGGUACACCGUGUAAGUUGCACACGAAGAAGGUCGUUGUUGUUCGGACUGGACAGAGGGUGAGAGUGGAGUUUUGUGCUGAGAUCGGCACCAGCUUUCAUUUAAUACAGCCUCAGCUUACCUGAGGCAAUUUUCGCACCUGUUAUGAUGUUGUUUUGCUCUCAGAUAGGUUUAUGUAGCACAAGAAAGAUAUGUUGGAGACGUUGACGAUUUUGUAUGCAACUAAAUUUCUAUCUUAAUAUGCCCCGAUUCAACAGCA